AACCACACUCCGAAGGAUUGCUCCAGCGCUAGCAGGCAGAAUUGUAGUUUUUCCAAAGAAAUCGCAAGUGUCUCCGGACGUCGUGUGUUCCGUUCCGUUUUUUUCGGGCUUGUCCGGUGAAGAAAACUAUCGGAAAAGGGUUCCGCCGUGAGCGUCCGUCCGCUGGACCAGCUUUGUUUCGUGUCGUACUGGCCGGAUUUGUGGUUUCCCCGCAGUGGCCACUUCGGUUCGUGUGAGUGUGUGCGGGUGCGUGUGUGUGUUCGUUCGUUUCUCGGGUGGAUUUUUCCAACCUCUGGAUGUGACUGGUGAAAAGUGAAGGAUUUUUCACUGCAGGAAAAUCGCCGUACCCCGGAGAGAAAGAAAGAAACGAUGUACUUCCGCUGGAUGUUGGCCAGGAAGCAGUGCCACUAAGUGCUCGUCGGGUGUCCGGAAUCCCGUUAUGCAAGUUGGUGAAGAAAAUUUCGAAAAAAGCUGAGGAUCUGAUCACGUCGACGAAGCAGGCGACGACGAGACCGAGGACCGAACCCACGAAGGAGGAGGCCCCAAACACGCACCCCGAAACACCUGAAAGCUCCCCCCGCUGCGCCUCUUUGAGCCAAGGACAAGGACAAAGGAGUAGCAGAAAUCCAAAUUAACGGCCGGCGUUUGUAGCUUGUACCGUGUUUAGUAGUAGUUGUAAGUGGGAUUAGUAAGACGGGACGAGGUGUUCACGACGAGGUGAAGAAAAAAACAUAAAAAGAACGUGUUCAUUACCUUUAGACGACGGCGACCGUUAGCUUGUAAGUGCACGCUCUCUCUCUUAGUCACUCUCGGAGCUUUUGUAUUAGGACGAGUUAGGUUACCUUCGAUAGAAUGAACGAGCUAGAAGCAUUGCGACAGGAAGCGGAAGCGCUGAAGAAUGCCAUCCGGGACGCCCGGAAGGCGGCCUGUGACACAUCGCUAAUACAGGCUACCAACAACCUGGAACCGAUCGGGCGGAUACAGAUGCGUACGAGGCGCACCCUGCGCGGUCAUCUGGCCAAGAUCUACGCCAUGCACUGGGGCUGCGAUUCGCGGAACUUGGUGUCCGCCUCGCAGGACGGCAAGCUGAUCGUGUGGGACUCGCACACGACCAACAAGGUCCACGCGAUCCCGCUCCGGUCAUCCUGGGUCAUGACCUGUGCGUACGCCCCGUCCGGGAACUUUGUGGCGUGCGGUGGCCUGGACAACAUCUGUUCCAUCUACAACCUCAAAACGCGCGAAGGCAACGUCCGGGUGUCGCGGGAACUUCCCGGCCAUACCGGCUACCUGUCCUGCUGUCGCUUCCUGGACGACAACCAGAUCGUCACCAGCUCCGGUGACAUGUCCUGUGGGCUGUGGGAUAUCGAAACCGGUCAGCAGUGUACAUCGUUCCUCGGACAUACCGGAGACGUGAUGGCACUGUCCGUCUCGCCGCAGUUCCGUGUCUUUGUGUCCGGAGCGUGCGACGCGUCCGCCAAGCUUUGGGACAUCCGGGAGGGCCAGUGCAAGCAAACGUUCCCGGGGCACGAGAGCGAUAUAAACGCCGUUACAUUCUUCCCGAAUGGGCACGCGUUUGCGACCGGUUCCGAUGAUGCCACCUGUCGGCUGUUUGAUAUUCGCGCCGACCAGGAAAUGGCCAUGUACUCCCACGACAACAUCAUCUGCGGUAUCACCUCGGUGGCAUUCUCCAAGUCCGGUCGUCUGUUGCUAGCCGGCUACGACGACUUCAACUGCAACGUGUGGGACACCCUCAAGGCGGAACGGGCCGGAAUCCUGGCCGGCCACGAUAACCGCGUUUCCUGUUUAGGCGUCACCGAGAACGGAAUGGCCGUCGCCACCGGGUCCUGGGACUCGUUCCUGCGGGUAUGGAACUAAGCUAUAGGCGUUUUAAAAUUUACCACAAACUUUAAAGUAUGUACUUACCAAAAUCACACAAUUUUUUAUAACAAAAAGCAUAAAGAACCACAAAAUACACACAAACACAAAAUAAAUUAGAGCAAACCAAAAAAAAACAUUUAUUACUAAUAUCUAAAUAAGAUAACUUAAAAAAGAUUACAAUUUGUAAAAAAAAACAACAACCAAACCAAACAAAACUACUAUUAGAGAUGUGAAGCGCGAAUUUCGUUACUUAAAAAAAACACACACACACUUUAACAAACACGCAAACUACACACUACAAAACAAAAACACAGAAAAAAAAACCUUCCAGCAUUUCUAGAAUCGUGUCGCUGAUUGUGCCGAGGUGAGUGGAAUUCCGUUCGAAAUUAAAUGAUUCGAAACAAUUAAACUUAAACUUAAUCGUAAAGCAUAUAGAUAUGAGUACCAAGCUACAUACACAGACACACAGACAGAACACACACACACACACACACGCAAACUCGCUAUAGAGCAAAGCAGUAAAACAACAAAAAAAAGUACAUCUAGGUAAUUAGUGGAACACACAUGUAUCAUAUAUCAUAAACAGAACAGAAGAGAGAGAAAAUUAAGGUAAAGCAGCAAAAACAACAAAAACAACAGCACCCAGUGUGAGUGCUACUCGAUAUAAUGAGAGGAGAAAAGAUCGAAAGUUUUGUCGUCGUUCCCGUUCUUUCUUCUAAUUUAAAUUACACGCUACCUGUCGGUUACGUCACUUUUGCACAACAGCCGGGCUGGGCUGGAAGAAUACGCGGAUGGUGGUGGCUAAUUUUAGCACCACUGAAUGAUAACAGGGGUUGUUGCGGUGUUUAAGAAUAUGCUAAAGGUUUUUAUUAAUUGCUUUCUUUUUUUAAGGUUGUUUGAACAAUAGUGUGAUGAUUUGAUGUACAAUUAUGUGGUUAUUUCGAAUUCCGAUUGAAUCAACCUGAUGUUUCGCAUCCUGCAACAAUCUUCACUGAUGGCGUCAAUAUUAGUAUUCUUCAAUCUAACUUUUGCAUUAUUAGAUUUUAAUUCUAGUCAACAGAUUGCGCUAGUUGUCAGCAGAAUUCAACUGGUCAUUCAUUCAUUCAUCAUCAGCCAUCUUUUUGUCUGUGUAAAAGGCUUUUCCAAACUGAAUUUCAAACAAAAAAAUCGAGGUUUGUAGAUAAUUUAUUAAAUCAGAGUGUUUUUUUUUUCUUGAGGAAACACGACCGUAAUGGUGAAUUUUGUCAUUCAUGACCUGGGUGCUGAAAAGAUAGACUGCGUAACGUGAUUUUCGACAGCUCCCCACUGCUCCCCACUAAUACAGUUGCACUACAGCUGUAAACAUAAACAAAGUAGAAGGCUAUGUUCAAGCUCAAGCGUGACAUAUUUUUUGCUGCUUAAGUGAAUUGUUUUGAAACAUUUUGGAUCUGUUGAUAUUGAAGUUUUCGCUGAAAAAUUAAGUGCUUUGCGCUUUUUUUCUUCGUAGACUAUACGAUGGGAAGCCAAAAGAGGCCUUUUUUCCACGUGAUGACAAAACAAAAUAAAUUAAUAAAAUUGCCACUUCUUGGUAGCAUUUUGCGAACAGUAAAUUGGUUCCGCUUUGGCAGUUCUAAAUUGAGGCCGCUUUGCGAAACACUAUUCUGCACCCAGUUUAUGACCUAGUUUGUAUUGCUAAAUUUUCUUUAGAGGAAAAAAUGGUCGAGACUAACUUCCAGCCUGCCCGCGCCACUUGGUUAUGCAUAUUAGUUGUAUUUUUCUUGAAACGCUUAAGUGGCUUUUUUGUAACCAGAAAUAACUCAGAUUUUGUUUGGAUCGAACUUACUGAGAAAAUAACAACGCCCGUUUAUUUUAUCGUCUGUCGAUAACGAUGAUGGUUACUCAAACAGAGCUUUUCAAGCUUUAAGUGCUUCAUAUGCACUAAACAAAGUUUUUUUUUGAUUUGUACUGAAAAUUGAAAAUUAAAAAAAACAAAACAAGUUUUUUUUUAAUUUGUACUGAAAAUUGAAAAUUCUAAAAAAACAAAACAAAUUUUUCAUGCAUUUUUCAAACAUUGAUAAUAUGAAUUUCUUGCAGGAAGAUAUGCCCCAGCAUAAGCAUAAAAUUCGUGCCAAUCCUAAAGGAGCUAUUACACUACGGCAAACAAACUCGCACUUUUUCGUGUUUGACAGUUUGCCAAACUCGCAAACUUGUUUGCGGCAAACUCGCAAACAAAGCAAAAUGUAUGCAGGCUGACGUUUGUACAAACAAAUCCAAGCAAACAAACAAAGCAGGCAAACUGUCAAAAAGUGCGAGUUUGUUUGUUUGUUUGCCGUAGUGUAAUAGCUCCUUAACAAAAUUUGGCUUCACAAACAAACGUAAAUCAUUUAAUAUUUUAAUCAAAAAUCUAGCAAUCGCUUCUAGCUAGUGCCAUCUAGUUAUGAUGUUAUGAACACCAAUGAAAGGUAGUGUUUGUGCGUACAAUCUCAAGCAACUGUCCACCUGACUAAUGUCGUGAUGAGUUUUAGAUCAUUCAAAUUGAUCAACCUUGUAUUGAUGAUUGGUUGUUAAAAAAAAUUGCGUCUGUUUCUCUGUGAUUUUCAUAUUUAAAAAAUAUCGAUAUCGUCGAUGAAGCUGCUUCCGUGAUAACAUUAUCGUUAGCAGACUGAAUAUUAGUUUUGAGUGAAAUUAAUUCAAAGUUGAACCAAAACUCGGUUGAAAUUUGCCAAAGAGAAACCUCAAAGUUUGGUGAAAUUUAUUCAAAAUUAACUCAAAACUGAUUGAAAUUUUCCGCAAAUUUCAGUGGAAGCAUCAAGUUUAUUUUCAACAAAAUCUGAGUGGUUUUGGAUGAGGGUGUAGUUGUUGGAGCUGGAACCCUUUAAAACCUUGGUACAAGUACCACGAUUAGGUAGACGCGUGGGCGAACGAACCUAGGACUGCUUUUAACCUAAGUCACUUCAUUUUGUUUCAAACGUACAUUUAGGGUUAAGUGAAAACAGUUUAUUAUAUUUAUUAAAGUGAAAAUCAACUUAAAGUUAGUAAAUUGUAUUAAGAGAUAAGCUUAGUUUAACUGUUCAAUUCGAUGUGCUGUGCAAACUGCUGAUAAUGCAGGAGAACGAACUCUUUUGUUCUCAACAAAUUUGCUAAAAAAGCAGUAAAACUUGUUGUGCAAUAAGACUGGUUGAGCUUUCGCAGUUCAGCUUUCAGAUUCGAUUGGAGAAGUUACAUCUAACGACUCUACUGCGCACAAUGAUUUAUGGAAACUCAAAUAUAGGUUUGAAUCAAUUUGUUGAAAUUGAAACAUUCCCACAAAUUGGUUCCUGACCUAAAUGGAAAAUUUCGCACACAAGUACAGUAUUCUAUCUUUUUUACUCAAAUGCUUAAGAAACCCGUAACAUAUUUUCAAAUAAUUUCGCACAAGAAAAAUAACCGAAUAACGAACGAAUAAACAUUACCAUCAUACAACAUUGUCCACUUUAGAUAACCCAGUUAGUGUAGAGAAAAGCAACAUAGAGACAAGUUGCUUUUAUUCUUUCUCGAGAAAAAAAAGUAAGCGUUUAAAAAACCAUACCGAAACAAAAACCCUAAAAUUCAAACUUCCCAGCGCCACCAUCAGAGACAAACGGACAAGGACGAGUGGCUCCCAAAAAACAGAGAGAGGAGAGCAAGAGUGCAGGGGCAAGCCUUUUUGAUACUGCUGCUGAUGAAAGCACUUCGAGGCUGGUCCUCCUAACAAGAAACAUAAGAAGAAGAAGAAAACAUUAAGUAAAAUGCGAAACAAAAAUAUCACUAAACAAUAAAACUACUAAAAAUAAAAUUUGGCCCCGCUGGAAAGUGUACUAAUUGAGCAAAGAGUCAUGGAAUAAUUUCUAAUAAAAGCUACGCCGGAGGAAACAUUUCAAAUUUGUCACACCCACAGUUCGUCUUGCUUUCUUGCAGAACAAGGUACCACGUCAAGUGAGGCUACUCGUCUGAAUCAAAAAUUUCUGUUCACUGUCCACAGAACCAAGAAAAUAAAAACUAAACGCAAAAACCACCAUUUCGAGGUGGAAAUAGUUGCAAUGAAACCACAAAUGCGCCCCCUCCCUCCCCUCGCGGUCACAAUAUCGGUUGAGAAAGAGAGACAAACGAGAUAGAGAGAGCGAGCGGUUCAAGGAAGUUUAAAACAAAAAAAAACCCAUAGUUAUCGAUCAUUACUGAGUAUAUCUAGUCGUGAAAAUGUGAUGAAUGUGUAAAGAAAACAAAACAAAAAAUCAACCUACUCUGAGCAGAAACAAAUUGAAGGAAGAAGUUGGAGAAAGUCGCAAAAUCAUAACUACAUAAGAAAAUCAAUUUAGUAAAUGAUAUAGAACUUAGCACAAGAAGUAUAUUGAAAAAUAAUAAAAAUACAACAGAAAAAAAAACAACUGCUAAAAUAAUACAGCAAAACCAGAAUGAUCAAGUACAUAAAGUAACACGCUACAUGUAAUUGCCAAAAAGGAAAAACUCAUCAAGAGAGCAAAUAAAUUCGCAUAAAAUUGAGGAAAAAUAA